AUGGUUCUAGUGGACAUUAAGCUCCUGUCGGGCUUCACUGCAGAUACAUCACUGCUCGGUUCUUCACCCCAAACGUUUGCUCCGCUAGUGGAACGGGUUGAUGCUGAAGAUGAUGGUGUCAUAGUGUAUCUGAAAGAGGUUCCCAAAGGCGUCCCCAUGAGUUACACUCUGCAGCUGAAUCAGGUUCUUGCAGUGGAAAAUCUCAAGCCUGCAGUCAUAAAGGUUUAUGACUACUAUCAGACAAGUGAUUCGUUUGAGACUACCUACACAUCUCCCUGUUCAUGAUUCGAUUCAGUACUGGCUAUAGGAUGCUUGACAAAUAAAACCACUUUUAGACCCAG